GACUGGUACCCGGACCUCCCGCUGGUGAUCCAGGCGAACCAGCUCAUCAUCGGACGCCUGUCGCUGGGCCACCCGAUAACGGAGCUGGUCGAGGAGUCGGCCAGGAACGAGGCAGGCUGCACGCCGGGAACGAUGGCGGCCUACUUCCAUCACGCAAUCACGCUGGAGCUGGCCUGCCUGAUGAGCAACGACACAGUCCAGAUGGCCAUCGUCAAGGGCGUGAGGGUAUGA